GUUUCUGUCGCAUGGUCGACGUGAACAACAGUACUAGUAACAAUUCUUCAGUGCUCGGCAGUGGGCUGACAAGCGGGCAUGCAAGCGCAGGUGGCAGUAGUGCCACAGGUUCCACAUCAAACGGUCUAGCAAUGAGUGCUGCUGGCGCUGCAAACACUGCUCUCUCUGGCGGUAUGACUACAGAUCUUUUGAAUUCGGGUGCUGGCACGACUGCCGGUGGUGAUCGUUUGGACGCGUCCAGUGACAGUGCUGUGAGUUCAAUGGGUUCGGAACGUGUGCCAUCACUUUCGGAUGGUGAGUGGGGCGAGGGCAGCGACUCGGCACAGGACUAUCACCAAGGCAAAUACGGUGGGCCGUACGACUAUAGCUACAAUAAUAAUAACCGUCUAAACGAUGGCUCGCGUCAACCGCCCGUUGCCCAGAAGAAACAUCAAAUGUUCGGCAAACGCUUUCUUAACGAACAGCCUGGUUUGUUGGGUGCUGCGGGUGCAACCGCUGGCAACAAUAACAACGCCGGUGUGGCGCCACCCUCAAGCGCAAAUUCUCUAUUAAAUGUUGGUCCUGCACCUUCUAUAAAGUAUGAGUACGAACCGUAUCCAACAGUGCCGGUACUCCAGCCAGGCGGCACCAUCGAAGGCGCACUGCGAGCCGACGGCGCUUUAGGGCCGUCGCUUAGCAGCAAAGAGCAACAAGCUUACGAAUUGAAAUAUGGUCCAGUUGCUGCUGACGCAAUUGGUGACUACACGCUCGAUUUCGCACAGCGGCCACCGCGCACACCGCACGAAGUAGUGCAGCAUAAUCACACUUACACCCUGCCGCAGGGCACCGGCUCUCUGCCUCGUCCACAAGCGCGCGACAAGAAGCUAUCAACGUCAUCGUCUAAGUCCUCCAAGUCGCUUAAUGCGGAGGACGAACAUUUGACACGCGACGAAAAGCGUGCACGCGCUAUGAAUAUACCCAUAGCGGUGAGCGACAUCAUAAACCUGCCAAUGGACGAAUUCAAUGAACGGCUCUCUAAGUAUGACUUAACUGAAAAUCAACUUUCACUAAUACGCGACAUCCGGCGUCGUGGCAAAAAUAAGGUUGCUGCACAGAAUUGCCGCAAGCGCAAACUCGAUCAAAUUCUAUCGCUGGAGGAUGAAGUGAAGGAGGUGCGCAGGCGCAAGGAGCAGCUGUAUUCGGAUCGUGACAGUCUGGCUUUGGAGCGCAAGCGCAUAUCGAAUAAGUUCGCAGCGCUUCAUAGGCACAUAUUCCAAUACUUGCGCGAUCCCGAAGGCAAUCCCUGCUCGACGUCCGAAUACACACUGCAGCAGGCUGCCGACGGCUCCAUAUACUUGCUGCGCAAGUCUGACGCCACAAAUAGCGGUGGCAAUGCCAGCAAUAGCAGCAGCACAAGUAGCAGCAGCAGCAGCAGUAGCAGUAGUGGCGUGAGCGGGCUCUUGAAUCACAAUGGCAUGCCACCGCAGCAACAGCACCAGCAUUCAAUGCUAAGCUCUGCGACGCAUUUACAACAACAACAGCAGUCGCAAUCGCUGCAUCAUCAUCAUCAUCAUCAAGCGCAGUCGCAACAACAACAGUUGGCACACAUGCAUACGCAGCAAGCGCAACAGUCGCAACAGCAACAGCAACAGCAGCAGCAACGACAACACUCGACGCAUGCGCAUGCGCAUCAUCAUCAAACGCAUCAGAAAGAUUGAAAAUUGUUGUUGCAGCACUAUGCGAGUUGGUUUAAAAUGCAACAACAGCAGCAGCAGCAGCAACAACAGCACCAUCACUAUCAACGUCACUACCGCUAUCAUCUUUACACUCAGCAACAGCAACAGCAACAA